CUUUUCCAAUCGAAGACGCAUCAACGUUGUUAUAUCCAAGUCCGGGAAAAUUUAUAGGAAAUUAUGCAUUGCUUGUGUUUUUUCUAAUCGUAUAUUUUGCCUGCAUAGAUUUCUUUCACGUUCGAUUAUUUAGUUGGAAAUUUUGCUAGGUGGCUGCUAUCACUUAUCUAUUAGGUUCUAAUUAUUGUCCAAACUGAAUAUCCGAACAAUGCGGGACGAUAGGGAAAAUUCAGCAUCGCCUGUUCCGAGGAAAAGCAGAAGCACCUCCAGAAGCAGCAUUGGAAGUGCUAAAAGUGGCGCUAGUCGAUCAAGUUUUUCAAAAUCCCGUUCAAGAUCCAGAUCGAGAAGUAGUGAAGCGGACGGGUAUAGGUUACACAUUGCAGAUAUUGGAGAAGAAGUUCGAAAAUCUGACUUGGAGAAGGUUUUUAGUCCUUACGGAGGUCUCAAAGAGGUAUGGAUGACAAACAGUACUCCAUGUUUCGGUUUCGCUGUCUUCAAAGAUAGAAAAAGUGCCAGUGCUGCUCUCAGAGCUACGGAUGGAAUGGAAGUAGCAGGGUGCCGAAUUCGUGUCACACAUGCUCGACCACGAACCAGAGGUUCGGGUAGGAGAUUCUUCAAUACCAAUAUGAGGUGUUAUCAGUGUGGAUAUUCUGGUCAUUUCUAUAGAGAUUGUCCUGACAUGAAUGGAGGUGGAGGUGGAGGCAAAAGAGAUGCAGGUUACGACCGUGAACGUGGCAGGAGGGGUCGCAGGGAUCGCAGAGAUAGGGACGAUUACCGUCACGACGGUAGGAGGAGCCAAAGGCGAUCUUCCAGGAGGUACGAGGAGUACCGUCCAUCGAGGACCGGUAGGAAGCAUCGUUAUUGACCGGGCACGCUAAGUUGAUUAUGGUAAAUAGGGGAUGCUAUCGAUAAAAAACGACGAUUUAUUUUGUACAAAAGGACUUUUGAAUUUGAUGAUUUUUUAGUUGUUGAUGUGAUGAACAAUUUAUUAGGUUAGAUGAUAAUCUAAAUGAACUUGUGAUCGGAAAUCCUCUAUAUGUAUUUUUACUUCCCUUUUUUUUGGCAGAGACACGAUGCUUUGAUUGAUACUUACAUUAUUGCAAUAUUUUUGGAUAUAAACGAUGCUGAAUGUUUUAUCUCAUGAUUUGACGAUGCAAUUAUUUAUUUGGUAUGUAGGUGUUGCCGAGUCUGACAAAAAUGCUCUCAAUGAAAAAUCUGUUGGAAUAAGUAUCCUUUUCUUUCAACGAAUUUCAUUGGAAAAAAACGAACGCAAUUUCCACAGAAAUUUAGUGUUGAUUGAAUGUUGAUUUCGAUUUGUGGGGUGAUUUUCUGGCAGUAGUAUUUUCAAUAAUGUGUAUGUCUUAACCUCUUAAAAAGAUAGUAACAUGAACUUCUCAUUUUUCUGUUCAUAUAAAUAUGAAACCGUGCUGGUAAUAAUUUUUUGUAAUUAUUACCAACCAGAAAAAACAAGUUAUGAAAUGUGACUACAGAAAUAUGCCAAAGAAUCGCCCUUUGAAAUGACAGACCAGUAACUUGCCUUCUACCUGAAAUGAACGGAAUUUUUAACUUAUAUACUCAUUGAAAUGAUAUCUCUGAAUCGUUGUAGAAAUGAUUAAUAAUUCUGAUCUUGAAUGAAAGAUCUGAAGAGAAAAUGUUAUGCAACAUUAUGUAAAUAUCAAGCGAGUUUGCGAUAAUGGCUGAAACAAUUGAGAGAAUGAUAAUGAAAUUUACUUUCGUUAUCUAACACGAAAUUUUUCAGUGAAACUUAUCACAUGACUAAAGCAGAAAAUUUAUCUUUUUUUCCAAGGGAAUGCAGGUUGAUUGGGGAUAAUAAAAUUUUUCGUUAUUUGUUAUUUUUUAGAUAAGUUGAUUUUAUUUGAUUACUCUUUUGAUUUUGUUCCUGGAAAUCCCUUGGUUGGUAUAAUCGAUGAUCGUUUCCCCGGUUUCUCCAAGUUGCAAUAUGAUAAUUAGUCAGUAUCUUAUUUUUAGAGUAGUUUGACGUCUUGAAAAACACAUUAAUGUUUCAUGAUGAUAGAACAUAUACCAAUAAUAUAAGAAAUAUGAGUUUUUACGUCAUAGCAUCCCCUGAAAUUUUAUCUGUAAACAACUCUUGGUACAAAAAAGGAGUUUUUCUGAGCAAUUUUCUGAAAACUUCAAUAUUUCUCCUAGAUUUUAUGAAUUUAUUCCAAAUAGUUUGUAUUCUGAAUAAUUUUGAAGAGUUGUAUUAGUGUGUGUAUAUUCUUAUUGGAUAUGGGUGUAUUUUCAUAAUGAAUUUGCACUAUUUAAUAAACUUUUGGCGUUA